CCCUGGCCAUGACAGCUAUGUAUAAACCUAGCUAACCUGUCCAUAACAGCUUGCCGCGAUCGUGCAUGCAUGGUUAACGAGGACGGACUGAACCGCUCGCACAGCAGCUCCCCGCCAUAGGCGAGCUCUCUAAUCGCAUGUACAUGUGUGAAUCUCCAUCGUCUCUGGUACUUAAGUGUUUGCGUUCCCAGGGUUGCACAUAGCCAUACUUUGACCCUUAACUUCUCCCCCCCACAUGUUGACGCCGCGUGUUUCCCUAACACCGGCUGCAUCUACUUGAGCGUCAUGGCCAGAUGCCGCCUCGUCCCCAGCCGCCACCGGCGGCGUACAAGCACUUCUGCAGAGUCUGCAACAAGGGGUUCACGUGCGGCAGCGCGCUCGGCGGGCACAUGAGGGCUCACGCCGUCGCCGACGACGGCCCCGGCGCGGAUGAUGAUGACGACGAGCCCGUGUCGUCCGCGCGCGGCGGGGAAGACGGGCCGUCCACGGCGGGAGCAGCGACGACGCACGUCUACGCGCUCCGGGCGAACCCUAACCGCCUCACCAGGGGCUGCCAGGUGUGCAGGAACUGCGGGAAGGAGUUCUCUUCGAUGGAACUUUUCCUUGAGCACGGCAAGUGCACCUCCGGCGAAGAGGAGGACGCGAACGGCUCGCCGCCUCCGUCCGUGGCCGACGGAGAUGAGGACCCGUCGCUAGCCUCAGGGUGGUCUAAGGGGAAGCGCUCGCGUCGCGCCAAGUCGAUCGCUGGAGGAGGCGAUGAUACAAUGCCCGGGACAUCGACGGCGCCGCCUGGCGAGGACGAGGAGGAGGACCUGGCGAAUUGCCUCGUCAUGCUCUCGUCGUCCAAGGCCGACCAGGCCACCGUCGCCGCCGAGGGUAACCCUGAGCCGUGCGCGCCGGCCAGCAAAGAACACGGGAAAAGGCCUCAUCAACAGCCGCAACCACCCUUCCCGAUCGUCGUACCGGCGCCGGAUCAAACGAUGAUGCUGCCUCUGGCUUUGCCAGCACCGCAACCGCAAUACGCCUCGGCGCCCAUGCCACGUGGCUUGUUCGAGUGCAAGGCAUGCAAGAAGGUGUUCACGUCGCACCAAGCUCUCGGCGGCCACCGUGCCAGCCACAAGAAGGUCAAGGGCUGCUUCGCUGCCAAGCCCGAGAGCAGCAUCGGUGAGCCACCUCACCACCACGCAGCGGCCGCCGGUCCCAGCGAUGGAAAGGGAAAUGCCGCCGCCGUCGAUGUCAUCCAUGCAAGUGGCGGUGCUGAUGCCAAGACAAACGUCGAUGUCAGCACCGGUGGCAACACGAGCGGGGCCACCCCAUCCCUAUCAAUGGCCAUAACGACCACGGACCAGGAACCGCCGGACGCGGCGUUGGCCAUUGCACCGUUCAAGAAGAAGGCGACCAAGAUGCAUGAGUGCUCCGUCUGCCACCGCCUCUUCGCCUCUGGUCAAGCGCUCGGAGGCCACAAGCGGUGCCACUGGCUCACCUCGGGCACAGGGGAACACGCCAACAUCACAUCCCUGACAGCAGAAGGCCUUGUCACCGCUGCUGGCCACCAGCUCACUCUCCGGCCACUGGUGGACGCUCCGGAGCCGGCGCUAGACCUCACCAUCGCGUCCAACCCGUCGCCGGUGAUGGCCAGCGCGAGGGUCGCCGAGGUCGGAACCAGCUCGCUGCACCUUGAGGCGCCGCCGUCGCUGUACCUCCAGCCAGCGACGGUACCAAGCAAUCCCAGCCACCAGAACAAGAUGACCGCGACGAGCAGCCACAACGUUACCGACGCUGUGACUGCCCACGAAGCCGCUGAGGACGAGGCGGACAGCACGGCCGUCAAGAAGGCCAAGCUAAGUGAUCUCAAGGACGUGAGUGCAGCGGGGGAGACGACGCCAUGGUUGCAGGUCGGCAUUGGCUCCUCGUCGGCCAAUGGUGACGAGAAGAGUGCACGGGAAUGGGGCGCGACGAGUAGAGCCGGCAGCGUCAACACUGAAGUGGCUGAACCUGAACCGAGACACUGAGAUGGUACAUAAUAUGUUCCUUUUUUUUUUUUUUUUUUUUUUUUGUGAACUAACAGUAGCCUAUUAGUGUAGCAAUUUGCAUAUAUCGUUUCGCACGCGUAUAUACUUAGAUGGUACGUAAUUUGCACCGACAAGUGUGUAUGUAUGAUCGAGCAACAAAUUUUGUCAGCGGCUAUUCUAAUAAAACAAAUAAGAUGAGA